AUGGGUUUACUUACAGAUCCUCGAGCUGGAACCGGCAAAAUAAUAAAAUUGUUAUUAAAAUGGGAAAAACCUUUGUGUUUUGUAUUAUAUGUAGGAGGAGUUAUAUGGUUAACGUUUUUAGCGUUACCGGCGUUUAACGACAAUACCUACUUUUCUGAGAAUGCUCUACUACCUGGACUGGUCACAAAAGAGAGUAACCUGGAACAAACGUCAAAGCAGUAUUACCAUGAACUGAUUCACGAAAUGAAAAGAUAUCCAGAUAGCAUGCCUUACUCAUGGCUCUCGGCAAAAUUCAGUCAGCUUCACUUAGAUGUAUUCGUACAUAAUUUUUCACUAAUAUAUCCAUUUCAGGAACAGAAGUUUGCAGGUCAAAAUAUUUAUGGCAUUGUUAGGGCCCCACGAGCAUCCAGUACUGAAGCAAUUGUAGUCAGCGUACCAUACAGACCCAUAAACAGCAUUUAUUUGGAUACUGCACCAUCUGUAGCUCUGUUACUUGCAUUUGCAAAAUUUUGCAGAAAACAAAAGUAUUGGGCAAAAGAUAUAAUAUUUCUUGUAACGGAGCAUGAGCAGUUGGGCAUGCAAGCAUGGUUAGAUGCGUAUCAUGGUGUUACCAGUGGUCAAGAUGGAAUUUUGAUAGCAGGAGACUUAUCGGGAAGGGCAGGCUCUAUUCAAGCUGCUAUUAAUCUUGAGUUUCAUGCAAUGAAAAUUACAUCAAUUGACGUCAAAAUAGAAGGAUUAAAUGGGCAACUACCUAAUCUGGAUCUCUUUAACUUAGCGCAAAAUAUGAUAGCUAAGGAAGGAAUCCGGCAGUCCUUUCAACGUCAAUUUGAUGUUAAUUACAGAGAUAAAUUUAAAAGUUGGUGGUAUCAUUUUAAUACGUUGAUGAGUAUGGUGGCGACACAGGCCACAGGAGUACCAACUGGUAAUCAUGGACUCUUCCAUAGAUUUGGUAUUGAGGCUAUUACAUUGGAAGGCUUCAAAAAGUCUGGAAAAGAAACGGAUGCAAAUUUUUACCAAGUAGGACGCAUAGUCGAGAGUAUAGUAAGAUCACUUAAUAAUUUACUAGAGCGUUUUCACCAGUCAUAUUUUUUCUAUUUAUUACCUUCCACCGAUCGAUAUAUUUCUAUUGGAUUAUAUAUGCGGCCUUUGGUAUUAAUAAUCGCUAGUGUAUUUAUAAAGGCAUUUUCCAUUUGGCAAAGAUUACAAACAUCAUAUAGCUCGAACGAAACAAAGAAGGAUAAGCGAAAUUUACUAAAUAAGAUUGAAGAAUUUGAUAUUGGAUCUAUCGCUUCCGAAGUACUGUGGGCCCACAUAUUUGGAGUAUUAAUAAUGGCCUCUCCUCGAUUUUUUACUUUAAUUGGAUCAUAUAUGUUUAAUCUACGUACAGAAGAUUCAUUGUAUACCUGUUUCAGUCUAAUCACGAUUCUCACGUUGUUAUGGCGCUUUAAUUUGAGGAGAUCAAUUAAAUACGAAAAUAUAUCGCUUAUUUGCGUUAUUGCACUGAUCGAGCUAGCUACCGUGUUAAUGUGUAUAGCCAUGCAUAAUUUCUCAUUAGCUUUAAUAACGGCCGUUGUGUAUGUGCCUAUUAUAUUGUUGAUAACGCCGCACCACGAAUCUGUAUCCAGAUUCCGCUGUAGUCAGUAUAUUGCGUGGAUUAUGCUACAUCCGUUUAUCUCGUCGGCUAUCGCCGUGAUGAGCUAUACAUAUCUUAAUUUUCCUUCCGAUCCUGUGUUAUCGCUGUUGCUUAGAGGCUACCGCGCCAAUAAGCAGGCACUCGUAUUUAGCAUUGUAGAUUCUAUGAUAUAUGGUAAUUGGUUUUACAAUGUUGUCAGCGCCAUUAUGUUGCCAUUAUGGCUGUUGUUUUGGAAUGUUAUGCGCUCCAGCAUUACAAUUUCUUCACGAUAAAAUAAUUGUGUAAUUUGAGAUUGAAGUUGUAUCGGCUUGAAUUUCUCUUACAAAGGACUGACUACAACUGUCUAGAAUCGAUUUAAUUCGCCUUGAUUGGUGAAAUGUAGUAUUAAACACAAGCAUUUAAGACACAUUUUUUUAAUUAUUAAUCUAGUUUGAGAUUCAAAAAGUAAAAAAAAAACUUGACGAUAAUGUUUAUAUUUAAUUUGACUAGGCAAUUAUCAAAGGUAGAUAAAAAUAUCUUAAACAAAAAUUUAACAAAAUUUUUAUGGCUUUGUAGUUUUUGUUUUCAUCCUUUAUAACUGUAUGUUUAAAAUUUUCCAAAAAUAUAAUAUUAUUCUUAUUUUCUUGUGACAUUUUCUUCGAGGGGUUAUCUUCUAAAUCUCAAAUUGGACCAAUAAAAAAUGUGUCUCUUAGAUUUUUGUGUUUAAUAUAUUCAAGUAAAAUUUUAUACAGCACAGAACAUUCCAGCCAUGUUGCAACGUUUCUGCAAUACUGUUAAAAUAUUACAAUAUUGUUACAUAAGAUUGAAUUUAUUUCGGACAGUUGUGACCAGUUUCUUGUUAGGCAAUAUUUUCAGUGUAAAUUUUUCUCACAAGUCAUCGAUUUAACUUGUUAAUAAGUAUUCAAAAAAGUUGUUUCUUUUGUCAGACAAAGUAGAAGUCUUUUGAAGCGCAUUUUGAAAGGAGUUUUCAGAGGUCAACCUAUUUUCUCAUCUUUGUCAAUAAUACGUCAAUCGGUAGAUAUAGUAUAUCUCGAUGAUAACCCUUGCGACAUUCUUACUGCGAAUUCGUUUGACUAGUUUAGUGCGAGCAACGACCGUAGUAACAUUGGAUGAGUACGUGUAUUCGUUUUGGAACAAAUACCGUUACGUUGAAGAGCAAAGCAGAGAGCAUAACGGUAUGUAUGAUUUUUCUACAAAUAUCACAUUUGUUAUUCGUCACGUCGAGACAUACGUACAUGCUACGUGUUAUUAAAUUGUGAACGAUCUUGAUGGAACAUUGUGUACACAAUUAAAAAAUUUGUGUUACAUUUAUAUUUGUUAUGUUCCGAACGGUUGACUAUACUUUAAUUUUUUGUUAAUUUAACACAGAAAAUAUGAAUAUGUUACAAUGUAACACAAAUAUUAUGUAAAAAAUUGUAGUACUGAUACAGUUUGGAAAUUAAUUGUGAAAGCUUAUUUUUUCAGUAAAAUUAGAUUUAUAAUAUGUAUAAAAAAUGUGAGCUAUAAUAUGACACACUUUAUUUAUUAUUUUAGAACAUUUACGUUUUAAAACUACAUUAUUUUUGUUUUAUUUUAUUUGUUUAUUUAUCUAUAUAAAUUUUAUUUUAACAAGGUCCAGUUUUAACACAAAAAUCUUUUCUCCUGUAUAUUAUUCAUUAUAUGUUACUUCAUCUAAUUGUUCUUGACGUUCUACAAAUUAUUCUACAAAUGUCGCAAUAAAUGCCGCAAUCACGACCUCCUCGAGCUCAGUGUGUUUAUGUCCAUUCAGUGAAGGUUUUUUAAACUGUUUUCUUCUAGCUUGUUUUUUUUUUAAACAAUUCUUGUUACUUCGCAGAAAUUUGCGUUUGUACUACUUACCGACAUUUCGAUUACUGUCACAUUUAUAUAAACAUGUAUAGAUUUAUGUAAUUUCUUACGUAAGAAUUACAUGCUACGUGUCUAAUAUUCUACUUAAGGUAUUUCAAAAACAUGCAAACGUCUGAUAUUAGCAAUAUAUUUUUUUAACGGUAUCAUAACUAAGUUUUUCUUUUGCAAAUGUAAAUUUUAAGUAAAAUGUUUGUUGCAUAGGAAAAACAUUUUCUUAGAGUUUACUCUUAAAAUUAUAGUAAAAUUAUUUAAUACUUCUGUAAUUCGACGAUUAUCAUGAUUUUAACAGUAAAUUCUAAGAAAAAUCUGUGUGCUUAUUUCUUAAAUUGCUAUCGAAUAUACUAUUCAUCAGUUAAAUUAUAAACUAAAUUUUUAUAAUAAUAAAUUUACUUGCAAUCAAUAAAAAAUAAAAAUAUUUAAAUAAAUUUUUUAUUCCUAAUUUAUUAAAAAUUUAUAGGUUCGAUAUAUUGCUUUUAAUUCACUUAAGAAAGUACGAUAUAAAUUGCUUAAAACGAUAUUCCUUUUGUGCAAUUAUGUUUUACAUUCUAUAAAUCGUACAGGUAUCUCGAAUACAAAUAAACCGAAGACAAAUGAGUGUGAUAAGACAUGGUACAUUUUAUCGUGAUUACCUAUAUAAGUUUAUGCAUCUUAAAUUUUGACUUUAUCACGAUGCAUAUAUGUUUUGAAUGAGAUAAGAAUGUAGAAAGUGCAACAUACCGAAAAUUGUAAACAAUCUUUUUGCAUACGUUUCAUAAAAGGCAAUAUUUUAUGUGAAA